CCAUCAGAGACACCCCUUCUUACCCAUCACACCUCAGAAUCGUACGUCGACAUCUUGGCCGUUCUCUUUCACUUGCAUUUAGCGCAGGUCUGUAUCACAUUCAACCGGCUAUACACCGCACUUUCAACGCGAUUCACUCGAACGCUAGACCAUUUCAGUUCAGAAGCAACAGCAGCCAGCACCCCUAUCAGACCGAAGACUUCUACUUUCCGGCAACACAUCUCCAGCGUCCCCACGCCCGGCUGACUGAACCGAGGAUAUAUCGUCAAAGUGUUCAGCAAGGGCAUUUUGACUGUCAAAUAUCGUACAUAAGGAAAGGAAGAGAAUUAUAAGCAUACCUACAAGAUGGUCUUGGGCAUGGACUCAUGGUUCGUCUUGAAGUGUCGCAACAUCCACAAGCGCUUCGACCUGUGCCACAACACUCAGGUGAUGCUGCAAGCUCUGGAAGACACCAAGACAGGCACAAUUGACAUGGCUGAGCUCGGCCGGAUGCUUCGUCUGAGCUCCAAGAGACGUCAGGCCAUGAUCGACACUAUCCGAAAGUGUACAGAGAGAAUGACAAAGCAGAACAAGAACAAGCAAGACGAGACAAGAGAAUGCGCCUUGCUCAUUCACAUGUGCACCGAAGUCUUGGAAAUUGCCAAUCGCCCUUCUCCCACCGUCUUCCCGUUCAUGAAGCUGCCCCGUGAGAUCCGAGCACGGGUGCUUCACAUGGUCGUUGAAACCAGCUCCAAGGCCUGCAGAAUGCCUGCUCUCAAGCGCAUCCAAGACAAGUACCGCUGCAACUGUGCCAACCCUGAGGUAAAGUUGCGGGGACACAUGGCGAAACAACAGUUCAACAUGUACAAGACUCUGGGAGCAGCCCUGAGAGACGAGUUCUAUCAGGUUUACUACGGCGAACAGACUCAGUACUUUGCCUGCUGCUGCGAGCUUCUUGGCCAGCUGAACGCCAACAGCAACCUGUUUGACCACUUGCGCAAGGUUGAGAUCCACUGGUGCAGUCCUCAAUCUGACUCGGCGUUCCUCAAGCUGGCCAAGUGCCCCAACCUCAAGGAGGUGACAAUCAAAAUUUCCAAGGCCACGACUGCCAUCUUCAACAAGCGUGAGGAGAUGAUGAGUAAUCACUUCCUCUUGAACUACAAGACCAAGCGUAUCACGGACAGCCUUGGCGCUGACGAGCUCCUUGCUAUCCGAGGCGUCUCGAAUGUUGACGUUCAGCAUAUCCAGACUGCGCAAAAGCUUCAGCUGACCGAGUUCGACCGUCAGGGUCUGUUGUCGGCUCUGGAGGCGAAUGUCAAGCAGGCAAAGCAGCCCACCCCCCGCCCUCUUGGCACCUGGGCAUCGUACAUUCAGUGA